AUGCCCCUCAUCGUCGACGUCGUCGGCCGCAAGAUGCUGCUCAUCGCAUCAGGGCUGCCGGCGUUCGCUUCCUGGCUCAUGGUGCUGUUUGCAGACUCGGCGGGAAUGCUGAUAGCGUCGCGUGUGGUGGCUGGUCUGAGCAUCGGCGCCAGCGUGUGCCUGGUACCGAUGUACGUGGGGGAAGUGGCGGAGGCCAAAGUGCGGGGUAUGCUGGCCACCGUCUUCCAGUUCGCCAUGUGCCUGGGCUCGCUCGCCUCCUACUGCAUGGGCCCCUACAUGUCCUACUCGGCAGUGGCCAUCGUGUCGGCCGCCGUGCCAGUCCUCUUCAUGCUGGGCUUUCUCUGGAUGCCCGAGUCACCGUACUUCCUGGCGCUGCGUGGCAGGGACAAGGAAGCCAAGAGUGCCUUGAGGCGGCUGCGAGGUGCUGUGUCCGAGGAAGCGAUCCAGGAGGAGCUCGGAAUUGUACAGAAAUAUGUCGAGGAGCAGCGAGGUGAAAGGCCCAACCUUACUUUGGAUCUCACGUCACUGGAACUGAUGGGCCAGCUGGUGCGAAGGCGUGGCAGCCGGCGGGCGCUGGUGGUGUGUGUGGUGCUCAUCCUGACACAGGUGUUCACGGGGCUUUCCGUGCUCACGGGCUACACCACUGACACCUUUCAGCAAUCGGGUGUGGCGCUGGAUGCAGAUGUGUGCGCCAUCAUCGUGGCAGCAGUGCAAACAGCAAGCAGUGUUGCCACGUCUCUGUUGGCAGACCGAGCUGGCCGCCGGCUGCUGAUGCUACUCUCAUUUGCUGGCUGUGUCCUCACCAUGGCUACACUCAGCAUCCUCUUCUACCUCAAGGAUGUGGUGCACACAGAUCUUACUGCUGUGCAGUGGCUGCCACUCGCCGCCAUGAUUGCUUUUCCUGUGUUCAACAUCCUGGGGGUGGGCCCGCUGCCGUGGGCCAUCGUCGGUGAGGUGUUCCCCUCGGAGGUGAAGGGCGUGGCCACGGCGGUCGUGUCGGUGGUGCAGGCGGUCACCUUCACACUGAUGGGCAAGCUCUUCCAGGUGAUGAGCGACGCCGCGGGCAUCUACUCCGUCUUCUUCCUCUUCACUGCCAGCGCCUUCGUCGGCCUCGUCUUCACCUUCUUCUUUCUGCCAGAGACAAAGGGCCGCACCUUCGUCGAGAUCACGCGGCACUUCGAGGGUGAAGAACAUGAAGAGUCAAAGUAGCCAUUUUUUUGGCUCUCUGGGAAAGGCUCAGAAAAGCACUCCAGUUUGUACGAGUGUGACUGUAAAUUAAUAUUUAAACUGCAAGGUAUUCUUUGCAUUAAGAAUCAACAAACAUACAAAAGUUGUUCAUUAACCCCCACAUCGAUAUAAAGUGGAAGCUUUUUGUGUCUUGUGAGUGGUCUGAGGCAACCCACCUUUACUUCCUUUCUGUACCAUCCUCUUCAUCCUUGAGUAGCACCCACCCGCAACGUCCUCAAUUAUUUGCUAGGUAUAUUCUAAUCCCUGUCUUCCCCUGCAGUUCUUGCUCUCUGUUGCUACUACAGAUCUUGGCGCAGAGGUAAGACACGGGAAUCGGAUUCGGGAUGAUGGCGGCUCAAACCCCCGUUACUUAAG